AUGGACUUACAUAGCAGUAAAAUAAUUGAUUUUAAUUUAGUCCAAAAAGGUAUGGGUUCUGGGGAUUUGGAACGAAAAGCUUGCGAAUCGUUAAUCGAUAAAUUAAUUGAAGAAGAAAAUUGUAAUAUAGAACUAUUUCUAACGGAUCGACAUAGAGGUAUUCGAUAUUUUUUACGUACAAAAUAUCCUCAAAUUGAACAUGAAUUUGAUGUAUGGCAUUUGUCUAAGAGUUUGUCGAAAAGAUUGAAAGGACUUGACAAAAAAUAUCCAGAUGCAUAUUUAUGGAAAACGAGCAUAAAUAACCAUUUAUGGUGGUCCUCUCAAACUUGUAACGGUGACGGAUCAUUACUCGUUGAAAAAUUCACUUCAGUUCUUAACCACAUUAGUAAUGUGCACGAAUGGGAAGAUAAUGGCAAAACAAAAAAAUGUGAACACGAAAAGUUAAACGAUGAAGACUUAAAAAAAAAGCUUUGGAUACAUCCUAAUAGUGAGUCUUACUUUGCGUUAAAAAAAAUUAUUAUGGCUAAAGAUUUGUUAAAAGAUUUACAACACGCAAAACAUUUUGUACAUACUGGUCGCUUGGAGUCCUACCAUAACGUUCGCUUGAAAUUUAUGCCCAAAAGAAUACAUCUCAAGUUUAAUGGAAUGUAUUUAGGUUCGAUAAUAGCCAUUCUCGAUCACAAUUAUAAUGUAAACAAAACACUCAUAGGAGAUAAAUUGGUUUUUUCAAAGCCAAUCGGCCGUUACACAUUAAAAAAUCGUUACAAAAAUCCAUCAAACAAUUGGCGACAAAUUAUAAUUGAAAAUAUCAAAAUUAAUGCAAGAACAGUUAAUAAUUUAAAUACAGAAACAAGUACAAUCGAUGAUAAUUUGCGAAUUCCGACCAAUAUAGUUUCAAUACCAAAUCCAAAUAUUGAUAAAAUGAGAUUGAAAAAGUAUUCAAGGUUUCAAAAAUAA